AUGCCUUCUCUGCUCUUCCUCCCCUUUGCCAGCAAUGCCGAAGUUGGCUUCUGGAAGAAUGUAUCUGAAAAGAAACUGCAAUCCAUUAAACUCAGCGAAGAUCCACUCCCACUCCAGGGCCACUAUACGACCACUGCAUCUAGUUCAACCUUGUCGAUAGGGUCUUCAGAAGUUAUCACAAGCACACAUACUGCGGUGAAUACAAAAACAACUCAAUCAUUGAAGGAUACAGGAGAACGUAAUGUUAAUAAUCCUUUGAAGUUGACCGCCCAAGAGGAGGCAGUUAUACUGCCGCCUCGAUUCACUCUUGGAGACCGAGGGUUAGUUAGCACGCAGCCAACAGAGAGUGCAG